AUGGAGGUGUAUUUCUUCAAGCCAGACGUCUACGCGGACCUCUAUAAUUGCUCACAAUUGACGCAGGAGGAAUGGCGAAAGGUCGGUCUGGAACGCCCUGUUUUGGCCAUAUUUUUGGGGAUUCUUGGAGGUGCUUUUGCUGUAAGUUCGCAAUUUUUAAUGCCAAUCUUAACAAUUUUGCUUGCACCGUGCAAAAAUUUUUUUGUAUUUUGCACAGUGCUUUCGUAAAAGAAUGAGAAAAUUUUGCACUGUGCAGCGCAAAACGGGCGAUUUGCACAGUGCGGUCGCGACAAAUGAUCAACAAAAUUUGCACUGUGCAGUCUAAAAUGUUACUUUGCACAGUGCACAGAAACAAGACUAUGCACAGUGCGAUCGAAAAACAACAAAAAAAUCUUGCACCGUGCGAAAUUUUUUAUUUUUGCACUGUGCAAACCAAGAAGCACUUUUGCAUUGUGCAGCGCAAAAUAGGCGAUUUGCACAGUGCGGUCGCGACAAAUGAUCAAAAAAAUUUGCACUGUGCAGUCUAAAAUGUUACUUUGCACAGUGCAGUUGCGACAAAAGAUCAUCAAAAUUUGCACUGUGCAGUCUGAAACUUUGUUUUGCACAGUGCAGGAAAACAAGAAUAUGCACAGUGCGAUCGAAAAAGAGUGACAAAAUCCUGCACUGUGCAGCAAAAAAUAGGUGAUUUGCACAGUGCGGUCGCGACAAAAGAUAAAAAAAAUUGCACCGUGCAGACUGAGGCUUUGAGGCUUUGUUUUGUACAGUGCAAAAAAUAUUUGCGCACUGUGCAAUGACUUUUUAAACUUUGCACCGUGCGGUAUUUAUGUUUUUUUUCUGUCGCCAAAUUCUUUCCGCCGCACAGUGCAAGGCGUAAAAAUUUCGUUUUUACUGCGCAAACUUCCAUGAAUUUCCAACGCUUGGUCAAAUGCAAUAAUUUUCAGAUAAUUUACAUGCCAUUUGUUGUGAUAAUGACCAAGAGGAGAUUCUUCGAGCUCUCCUGUUAUAAAAUCAUGUUUUGUUUGGGGUUUAUUGAUGCCUUGACUAUAAUAAUUGCCGUCGGUCUCGGUGGAUACGUGGCCUUUGUUGGCGGGGUCUUCUGCAUGAUGCCACGGUUUAUUUAUGUGAUUGGAGUGGCUGGAAUGAGUAAGAGAACAAUUUUUUUUUAUUUUGUGUAGUUUGCACUGUGCGAAGCAUAAAGUUUUGCUUCGCACGGUGCGAAAAAUUGAAGAAAGACUUCAUUGCACUGUGCAGUGAAAAUCUGCGGCGAAUGUUUGUUGCACUGUGCGAGCAAUUGAAGGAAAAUCCAUUUUGCACAGUGCAGUCAAAACAUCGAAAAUAAAGACUGAUUUGCACAGUGCAGCCAACAAUUUAUGUUUUCGCACGGUGCAAGCAAAAGUUUCAAGUCGAGUGGCAUGCACGGUGCAUGGGAACGUUUUUUUACGCGACAAAUUUUAUUUUUUGCUUCGCACUGUGCAGCUGAAAACACUUUUUGACUGCACUGUGCGGUUCAGAAAAUUUUUGAUUUGCACUGUGCGGAUGAAAACAUAUCUUUUCUCAGCACUGUGCGUUUCGAAAAAUGUUUUUAAAAUUGCACUGUGCGGUUCAAAAAAUAUUUUUUGUAUUGCACCGUGCGGCUGAAAACAUAUUUUUUCUUUGCACUGUGCGGAAAAAUUAUAUUUUUUUUUCUCUUGCUUUGCACUGUGCAGUUGAAAACGCAUUUUUUAAAUUGCACUGUGCGAAUUUUUCCUUUUUCUUUUUCGCACAGUGCGGCCAUUUUUUGCCCAAAAUUUACAAUUUUUUCGGUUUUCUCGCAAACGAAAAAUAAUUUUUAGGCUCCUGGUGUGGCAGCUGCCUUCUCUGCGUUAUCCUCGCAGUAAAUCGAUGUCUUGACAUCUAUUAUCAUCACCUCCACGAGCUCCUCUUCGACGGCUGGCGGACCUGGAUCUGGAUUUCUCUCGCUUUCCUCUACAUUUUUCUCGUGGCUUGGUUUGAGACGCCCAUCUUCUACCACAGCCGCUAUGCCGCCGGAUUUUACGAUCCGUUUUUGGGGGCGCCCAUCGAGAAACGUCAUCAUUUUGUGAAUUACACCCAUGUUGUGAACAAUGUGGCGGUUAUUAUUAUCAUGUCGCUGUUAUAUGUAUGGCUUUGUUUGUACAUUUUGAGGGGGAAAGCCAAAAAAAGCAAGACCAAAAAUAAAGUGAGAAUUUUUGAAAAAUUUUUUUUUUCAAAAAUACCGUAUUUUAGUUCGUAAUCCAAACCAUUUUGGUGUGUGCUCCAUUCACAAUCGCCGCAGGCAUCUACGAUUACAUGCAGGUAUGUUUUUUACCCAAUUUGUUUAUUACACCGAGAAAAAAAUUUUUUUGACUGCACUGUGCGAGAAUUUAUUAUUAGGGUGUCCCAUAAGUCUUGUGUAUUUUUGGGUCUGAAAAUUAAAGCCUCAUUGCGAAGGCGUAAAUGAAUGUACCCCUUAAUGUUCGGUACCGUUGAAACCGCCAUUUCUUACACUUAUGAGUAGCAUAGAAAUUUUAACUGACGACAUGUCCUCCAGGCAAAUAAUUGACAUUCUUUAAAAUCAUCCAUUUCUGAGAAGGGCUAGGAAAACAAUUGCGUUCUUUGAUAAAUGAGGCUGCACCCUUGCUUUGCAUUUUUUAGUACAUCGAGUAACUACCCUGCCUCUAAACAAACCGUUUUCCCCACUGAAUUAUUAUAAAUAAUUUCUAUAACGGGUCCAAAAACGUAAAAGUUUGUACAUAUAAAAGUAACACUUCAAAGUCCGUAUUUUAGUUUUUUGCGGCUCCUGAAUGGGUGAGCCUGGUCGGGCACGCCUUCUACAUGAUCACCGGAGGCUCGGCUGGUGUGGUUUAUUGGCUUUUCAACGAUAAUUUGAGGCGAGAAUUGCUUCGAACACUUGGCCACUGCAAAAUAUUGAGGCUGAACAAGGUCUUCAGCACUUCAAGGGUCCCAACGACGAUUCAAAAUAGCGUGGGAUUUAAAUCAAGGUCAUCAACUUGA